AUGCCCAAGGCUUGCGAUGAGAAGGCUCCGGUUGCUGCUCUCCGGAAUGUCCAGAUUCUCAUCUCUUUGGUCGGCCACUCUGCGAUCGACUGCCAGUACGAUCUGAUCAGAGCUAUCCCGAAGACCAAGAUUCAAUUGUUUGUUCCUUCCAAUCUCGCCGUCCAUUACCGCAGGCAGGGACUAGGGACAGAGCCCAUCAGUGCCAAGAUCAAAGUAGGAGAGGCAGCGGAGAGGCUGGGCGUGCCAACAGCAGUCGUGCUGACCGGCAACUUCGCGGAAUUUGGGCUUGAUACACCUACCUGUGAAUAUGUUGCAGCAGCCUUUGCGUCAAUCUUUAGCACCACGCCAACCCAUCGGCUUCAGCAUCGCACCUUCAGUCUAUCGGAACUGACACCCACCGGGGACAAGAUCGCACAAGCGCUUGACCAAAGGUUCGGAGCGACUUCAGCGAAGCACACGGGUUCUAUUGAAGAGGUCACUCGCCGGGUGAACGCCAUGAUCGAGGCCAACGACCCACUAGCGCUUGCCUGGUACACGCGUAAGAACUGUGGAAAUGGCGAUCAGCUAAGAUUUCUCGGGUCGAAUAUGUCGGAGAUGGAGGGUUAUGAGACAAAAUCCAUUGAGGACUUGCUGGUGGCAGAAAACUCGGAAAGUAUCGGGCUCGGCCGGAAGAGACUACGCGAAGCGCUUUACUAG